GCGGUGGACCAAUGGGGAGUGGCGGCGACUGGCAACAUCGGCGGAGAGUUUGCGGAGAAACUUUCACUGAGGAGGUGGACAUCAUCAAAGAUGGCUUCAAAGAGCUGUAUCGUUAUCACAAAGUAUUUCUUGUUUGUCUUCAACCUCUUUUUCUUUUUUCUGGGUGGUGUGCUGUUGGGAUUUGGCCUUUGGAUUCUCUUUGACAAAACAAGUUUCAUUGCAGUUCUGGAAACGGCCUCCGUCCCUCUCCACCUGUGGUCGUACCUGUUCUCCGGCCUCGGCAUCUUCACCAUGAUGAUGGGGUUUCUCGGCUGCAUCGGUGCACUGAAGGAAGUGAAGUGCAUGCUGGGAAUCUACUUCACAUUCCUCGUGUUCCUGAUGGCGUCUCAGAUCACCAUCGGAGUCCUGGUUUACACACAAAGGAAGAUGAUUGAGAAGAAGCUGAGUAUCGCGGUGAAAGACCUGAUUGAAAAAUACAACCGGGACGAUGAGCAGUUCCAGAACCUGGAAGAUAGUUGGGAUUAUAUCCAGCUCAAGUUCUCUUGUUGUGGUUGGAACAGCUCUCUGGAGUGGUUGAAAAUCCAUCAUUGGAAAUAAUGCUUCAACGUCAUCACCGAAUACCAACCACCUCUUCCCGUGCUCCUGCUACAGCUCCUUCUCCAAAAACUUCACCCACUCGAACAUCACAGAAGUUGGGUUCUGCUUGGCGUCUGGCAACCCACUGAUAGAAAAGACCCAGGGCUGCAGGAAAAAGGUAUUUGAGUGGGUGCAAGAAAAUAUCAUCAGCAUUAUGAUCACCUGUAUUGGUAUCACCAUGGUGGAGCUCCUUGGGAUGUCGCUAUCGAUGUUAUUGUGUAGGAACAUCGACCCUGAUUACGACAAACUCAUUCGCUUUCAGUAAACUGGAAACCUUGCGGGCAAGUGUGGAAGGAUUGAAAACCAGCAAGUUUAUUUUUCUUUUUUUAUAACUUCCUGCCAAAAUUUUACUUCUAGUUUGUGUUUAAUCCCUCGAAGGAUUUGACCGGAACCUACAUUUCAGAUACUGAACCAUCUGAUGACCAACAUGAUGGUAAUAAUGGACUUCAUGAGCACACCCACUACUAAUCUUAAUCCAACAAUUUUACUCCAAACAAAUUCAUUCAACUUAAUCCGGCCGGCAUCUAUCCAUGAGACCCUGGCAUUCCUGGGUUUUAUCCAGGAGUAGGAUCGACCCAACGGAUGUUAUUGGGCAGUGGUGAAAUAUUCCAUAUUGGAAAGUGGAAAUAGUUUGCAAAAGAUAAGGAAAAGUUUUUGUCUGAGGAAUCCUACCACCUGCACAGGACUUCGGCCUAAUCCCGAGAGGCUGAUGGACACCACCUUGGGUGUGUUUUGCUUUCCUUAGGUUUUGUUUCCUUGGAUAGUUGGCUUGCAGUGAGCAGGAAUCGAUUGCAGAUUACGUUUUAAUGGAAUAAUUCAUUCUUGACUUUGGUUUAUUGGGUGGGCAUUGUGCAAAGUGGCUGUUACUGCUCCUCUAGGUUACCCAGAACCAUCUCAGUAUAGUUCCACAUCUUGGGCACCAAACUCAUGGGCUCAGUGCUUGGUCGGUGUUAAGUUGGCUUCUCCAAGCUUGCGUGGUGGUCGCCUUCGUCACAAUGCUCUGAAGUUAGAGAGAAGAACGUCUGCCUGUGUGUUCCUGCUGCAGUGUCCAGUGUCUGCUGUGGAGAGGGGCAUGUGAGGGUUGGCUGUGCUGUGUCAUACAUUUCAACAACCCAUAGCAUUCAAGCUCAAACCUGCCUAAGGCAGUGGUGGAGAACUGCCCUCCCUCAGCACAGCAACAAGCCUAAUCCAGGGCAAACGAUGAUCAAUGCCUUGGAUUAAUAAUUCGAGGGGGAUUAGGGAUUGAGUUUUAUUUUACAUCCUUAUGAUUUGGUUAAUGUGUCUGGUUAAUGAAUCAUUUCAAAAUAAUUCGUCUCCAUUCUGAUUACAACGUCCAAGCCCCCUGUCCUUUCAUCCCAGACGCCACUGGUGACCUUCAAUGUUUUCCAUAAAAUGCCUUGUACAGUGACCGACAGUUGGAUAGAAAUGGAUUUUUGCUGGAAAUGUAGAACAUCCCUUCAGUAACCAAGAGUAGGUACAGGCUUGUGUGUCAGCUAGAUUAGUGAGCAGGGACUCUGCAUUAACUUUCCAUAUUUGCCCUAACAUCUCACCAGACUUUGCAGCUCCCGUGCUGGGAUUAGGCUUGUGGGCAGUGGGAUCUUACAUACUUGUUGGUUUGUUAAAUGUUGAAUUGGGAAAUGAUGAAUGAGGAAUUGAGAAGUUCAGCAAUAAACCAUGUUGCCUUUUGCAAUAGAUGAUGGAAAGCACUGGGUGGUCUGUCCCAAUUUUACAUUUUAUAAUGGAUAUUUUUUUGACAUUAUUAUCAUUGUGGUCAUAAGCUUUCCUGCAGCUAAUGGUACAAAACAUCAGUCAGAUGGGUUACUUUUCAAUAGCCUUUCCUCCUCCUCACGUGCAUCAUCUGGACUAUUUCCAUUUUGAUCUUAUCUCUAUUGUGGUAACUGACAGCUCUGUAUUGUAAAGUAACACUCACCUGCGGCUUCAGAAUCGCCCCAUACAGGAGCCCAAAACUCAGGCUGAUGUACCAGUACUAUACUGAAGGAGCACUGUCAGAGCGGCAGUACUGAGGGAGUGCCACACUGUCGGAGGGGCAGUCCUGAGGAAGUACCGCACUGUCAGAGGGGCAGUACUGAGGAAGUACCACACUGUCGGAGGGGCAGUCCUGAGGAAGUACCGCACUGUCAGAGGGGCAGUACUGAGGAAGUACCACACUGUCGGAGGGGCAGUACUGAGGGUAUGCCGCACUGUCAGAGGGGCAGUACUGAGGAAGUGCCGCACUGUCAGAGGGGCAGUACUGAGGGAGUGCCACACUGUCAGAGGGGCAGUACUGAGGAAGUACCACACUGUCGGAGGGGCAGUACUGAGGCAGUGCCGCACUGUCAGAGGGGCAGUACUGGGGCAGUACUGAGGCAGUGCCGCACUGUCGGAGGGGCAGUACUGAGGCAGUGCCGCACUUCAGGCAAGCAAGGAAGUGCAGUAUAUUUUGAGAUCCUGUACUUCUGUUGAAUAAUUUUUAUGACCCUCAUGAAAAUCCCAUGAGAAUUUUCUGAAGAAGGGACAGGAAAGGUUCCCACUGUCUUGCUCUCACCAGUACCUGUGGUUGAUAGUUUAUUAACUUCUUGUCAGAUCCCAUAAAAUAACUGACUUGAAGUACAGUCCUUUACACAUACAAAGGAUUCAUUCCUUUAACAGUAAUGUCAAAUCAGUGGUACUGAGGGGUGGGAUGCACGGUGAUCGCUGUGGUAAAUAGUUUACCAUCUAGUUCAAUACUACACACUGAGGUACACUUACCUGUUAUAACAUUUGGUAAACUCCCAUCCGAUAUGGACCAUAUAAAUGGGAUGAAGUGGUAAGGGCCCAGAGCUUACACAGUCAAUACAAUAAAAACCUCACACACCAAUUCCAGUGUCUUCUAAUUCUGAGGUCUAUUAAAUGCAGUUAGCAGUGUGGUAUACUUUGUGAUAAUUUCUGGUCUCUUUACUAUAUCAGAGCACUUGGAAGCUCUAUCAGUGUUACAGUAUAAAAGUUCCAGGACUCUGUUCAUAUCUGAAUUAUAUCUUUAAUAAAUGCUUGAUGGUUGCAUCAGA